GCUGCGACGGCGUCUUCCCACCUAUUCAAACAUGGAAAAUAUGUCGUGAUUGACGCGAUCGACCACUUGCUCGCAAACGCAUUCGAGGCUGGUCGUGGAUGUGAAGUCGAUGCUGCAGCAGCUGCUGCACCUCACCAGCAUCAGUUCAAUGAUCGUCCCAGGGAGCCCUCGACGGCAGAGCGGUAGAGCGGAAUCCAUCUCGCAGACUCGCAUGGGUCCCUCGACGUUUCCCCACGCGGACAUGGAUCUUGAGAUUGACAUGAGUGCAGCCCUAGUCUGUCACUUGUGAUGAAAGAUUUUUCUGGGGGUGUAUUAAGUGUGGUGUGCAGGGCUCUAUUUGCCCCAUCGACACACACACUUGAUCAACAAAAAGGCUCUCCUUGCUUCCACAGCUUCAUCGCCAAUGGCCCAGUCCAAAUUAGCCUCCCACCUGAAUGUGCACCGGAUGGCCACUUUGGCAACCUCCACAGCAGAGAAGUUGGGUGGGGUCAGACACGUUGCAACGGAAGAGACAUUUCUCACUUUGAGAGUGCUGCUAUCGAGAUUGCAAGGUAUUCCAUGGGGAGGGAGCGGGGGUUGCUGUUUGUUGCACUGCAGGUGGCACCACCAAUCGUUCCUUCCACUGAUAUUGAUUUCUUGGAUCUACACGGCUGUGUACCGCAGACGAGCGCUGACCAACGCAGACUCGAGAACAGAACCAACCAAACGCCGCAGUGUCCUCAGUCACCGCCGAAACUCCAAUUAUCUAGCGGCAGAAGCUGACUUCCAUUUUAUGGGAAACUGCAGUCUUCAGCAAUCGUGUCUCGCCACUUCCUGAUUAUGUUUUCCCAAGACAUUUUCGGUUAUUAU